UAUAAACCGUUAAAUUAAAAAAAAAUUCAUUUAACUUCUAUUAAGAUGUUUUUGGUGAUCGCUUUAUUUUGUAUCCCAGCUAUUUUGGGGGCACCCAAUUUAAAACCUUUAACACCAGAACAAGUUGAAAGGUUAAAAAAUUGGACUGAAGAUGAUAAACAAAAUAUUUGGGAAUUAAGUGGCCAAACCGAAGGGGAUAUGGUGUUGGAUGUUGAUCAAAGAAAUGGGUUAAUCAAUGAAAGAUAUCGUUGGAGUAAUAAUGAAAUUCCUUACGUUUUGGAUUCUAAAUUUGAUGAUGAUGAAGUUGCAUGGAUUGACAAAGCUUUGGAAGAGUAUCAAGAAAAAACUUGUUUAACAGUUAGAAAAUUCCAAGCCGGUGACACCGAUUAUGUUUAUGUUACUGGAGAAGACAGCGGUUGUUGGUCGUCUGUGGGACGUCGAGGAAAUCGCCAAACUUUAAAUCUUCAACGUGGCAAACUCGGGGAAGGUUGUUUUAGAACUGGAACGAUCGUGCACGAAUUUUUACACGCAGCCGGAUUUUACCAUCAACAAAGUGCAACCGAACGUGACGAUUACGUUGAAAUCGUUUGGGAAAACAUUCAAUCUGGAACCGAAAACAAUUUUGCCAAACACGCGGCUGAUGUCAUCACCAAUUUCGGGGAACCUUACGAUUAUGGUAGCGUUUUACAUUAUGGUGCUUACGCGUUUUCGAAAAACGGAGAAAAAACUAUCAUCACUUUAGAUCCAGAAGCUGAAAUCGGGCAAAGAUACGGAAUGAGUGAGAUCGAUGUUAAUAAAGUUAAUAUCAUGUAUGGAUGUGGAAAGAAAUAAGAAAAUAAAA